AUGGAAUUGUUAAACGCGAAACAUCGCGAUUAUAAAACGCGCAAUAUACUGACGACGGCGGAGCGCAUUAAGGUGAUCAAAGCCUACAAACGCAUGCCGAACUAUCAACGUUUGGCGAGCACAUUCGGCUGCAGUGCCAAGCAGAUAAAGAACAUCAUUUCGAAUAAGGAUCAACUGUUGCGUCAUUACGAUAGCGUGCGCGCCAAUAAGCUAACCGAUGAGGUGACCAAUCGACGGCAAGAGAAGAUCGACUUUCUCGGCAAAGUCGUCUAUGAGUUUCUGCUGCGCGCUCUCUACCUGCGCAUGCCGAUCGGCACCACGAUCAUACGCCAAAAGGCAUUUGAAGUUAAGGAAGCGAUUGCCAUUGAAAAUUUCUCACCCAACAAUGUUUGGCUGCGCGACUUCAAAGCCACUUAUAAUCGUUUGGAUUUGGCGAGCAUGAUGGAGCACUUGCCCAGCGAUAUGGAUCAGCGGCGUUCGCUGAAGUGCAUCGAUAUAAUCGAGUAUGUUAGUCAGCAGGAGAGAGAAGAACGGCGCAAAAUGUUGACAAUGACGAAAGAUGAGAAUUGCAAUAGUGUGUGGGAGAGUGAUGCGGAUGGCAGUCAUAGUUCGUGUAGUUACGAGCAUACGGUGAAUAAUCGAGUCGACGACAGUGGCGAGGUGUUCAGCGAUGCUGAUAUGAAAAGUAAUGAUGACGAUAGCGUCGUCGGUACAAAUAUUGAGCCGAUUGUCGUGAAUCUAGCGUCGGAUGACGAGGAAGGGAGCAAUGAUGGUGUCUCUCUUGCCAAAGCAGAAUCAAUCAACGUGCCUACUAAUCAGAGCAUUUCGACGCAAAAACCGAUAUCGUUGCCCCCCUUCCCCGAUAUACACAGUUAUCCGGAGGCUUUGCGUCAUUUGCGGGUGCUCGAAGACUUUGCGAUGAUUGAGGAGAACUAUCGUGCCAUCGGCUUGAUAACUCAACUGGAGCAGAUAUUUAAGAAUCCACCCAAAUUGAAGAGUUUAACUCAUUGA